CAAAAUUCAAUGCUACUUCUAAGACAUUGUCAUAUUCCUAGACUUGAUCAUUUGGCUAGAUCUGUGGAGCCUACCUUGCUAUCUGAAGCUAUGUCCAUCCAAGAUUUUCAAUCUCGAAAAACAUUUGUUCAUCUUCUUGGUGAAACAUUUGUGGAUGAUCAGGUCUGGAAACAAGCAUGUCUCCCUAUUCGUAUGGGUGGAUUUGGUCUAACCCCGCUAUCUUCCAUCGCUUGUUCUGUUUUUGUUGCUUCGUGGUCCAAUACCAUAUCUGAGCUACCAUCUUGUUUCCUACAUCUGAAAGUCAUCAUGGACAUAUUCACUUGUGAUGCAUCUAGCCCCGUUGAACAUGCUUUUCGAUCAUACCUUUCAACCAACAAGAAGAUCUCAGAUUAUAAAGGAAUUAAAAAGCUACAACAUCAAUUGUCCAUUUCUAAUUUCAAAGAAGAUUUCCAGCACUUGGUUGAUGCAGCUCCAACUGCAAGAGAUGAAGCAAGGUUUCGUUCUCUUCAAGGAAAGAGCGCAGGCGCAUGGUUGCAUGCACUACCAACUUCAUACGGUUUCGCACUCAACCCUUGCGAAUUUUGCUUCGCGUGCCGUUUGAGAUUGGGUCUGCCUAUCACCAUUUCAAAAUGGGUAGAGCCUUGUAAUUGCAAUGCAUCAAUAGAUGACAGUGGAUACCACUUACUUACCUGCAAGACAAGGGGAGGCUCUAUUUGGUCCCAUGAGUCUAUUGCUGGAGUGUGGUUGGAAUGCCUUAGAAGUCUGCGAAUUCACCAUUGUCGUGAGUCAAGAAACAGGUAUACUAACUCUGAAUGUAGACCUGACAUUAUCAUGUUUGAUGCUGAGUCGGGUGCUAAUCUUGAUCUUGACAUCUCAUUGGCACACCCUUGGAGCUCAGAUGUUUUCCCAAGCUCUGCUGAGGCAACAGGGGUUGCAGCUAAUCGAAGAGAAACCAGAAAGAUGGCCAAGUACGAACAACACAAACUGCCUGGAAGCUGAGUAGUCGAAGUCGUUCCACUGGUUAUGGAACAUUUUAGAUUAUGGGGAGAAGAGGCAAGAAAAUUUUUGCAGAAACUGACAGCCUUUUCAUCAGAUGAAGCAGGAAGACCUAAUGUUGCGGAAUUUUUAGAUUUUUGGAGAAAAAGAUUCUUCGUACAAUUACAGAAGUGUAAUGUUAAAGUCAUAGCUAAGGAACUUAGCAUGUUGUGUGGUGGGUCUGAGAGGCCUGACUCUCUCAGCACCCAAUUUUUUCUUCAUUAGUCUUAGUUAUAUAUAAGUGUUUUAGUUUGCUGUAAUGUUAGCUUUCAAUAAACAUUAGUCUAGUUGUA